AUGGGCGGAUACUUGUGGUCCGCCCCUGCAGAGCCGGAGCUCAAACCCAGCUUACCGGCGGAAGGAAGCUCACCAGCAGAGCUUCUGAGAUCCCUGCUGCGAAUUGAGCGAAUGUGUUGUCCACUCUCCUCUGCCGCCUUUGCAUCAGGUGAUAAGAGCCUUUCCAACGCGGACUUAACCGAUCCUGGUACCAAAGGCUCAGAUGAUGAUACGAUGUCUAUUAAGGUUUUGGUUGAUGAGCCGGAUAUGAGAUUCUGUAUUUGCCACGAUGCGGAGUCUCCGGUGAUCAUCGCUUGCUUGUGGACUCGCUUGAAGGGUGCCUCGGUUGAGGACGUGACGGCUUCCUUGUGCCAGGAGCGGGCACAGUGGGACGCCGGUGGUGAGAACACCCUCUUGCAGAACGCUCAGCCUGAGGAUGAGAUGAUGGAAGAGAUCUACCAAAGCAUCAUCACCUGCCCUCGGCCCUUCUGGGAUCGCGAGAUCCUGAAGCGCCAGUGGAGGCUGCCCCUGAACUCUCCAAACGGAAAUGGCUGCGCGCUCGUCUCCCGGUCGAUGGAGGAUGCAGCGGUGCCCAAAGAUCCAGACCGUGUUCGGGCUUUCGUACACAAGGCUGGAGCUCUGUUGAGACCUUCGCCUCAGGAGAGUGAGACCGAGACUGAGAGUGAGCAUUCCCUCCACAUUGCGAACAGCCCCUCCGUCAUCGGUACGGAGCUGACCAGCUGCAGCCAGAUUGACAUGGGCGGCCUCAUCCCUUCUUGGGCCACCAAUUACCUCUCUUCCACCGUAUCAGGGAAGGCCGUCCGUUGGACAAAGGACCUGCAGCGACACUGUGAUGCCCGGAACGGUCAGGAAUCAGUGCCAACUCUCGCAGAGAUCUCAUCUCAGCUUCUCGCCGGCUGGACCGACAAUUGGGAUGAGACUGAGCGACCUGACUACCGGGAUGAAGUGGAAGAGGUGAGCUCUUUCAUCAGUGAUGACCUGUCGACUUGGAUGAGGUUUCUGACGAAAAGGGCACCGAGCGAGCAACAGACCUGCGAGUUCCUUUGGCCAAACAUUGUUGCAGCUGGUGAAGGCCGCCGGGCCUGCCGAGGCGUGGAAGAGGCCAUGGAGAGCUGGACAGCCGAAACAGAGGCUGAGCAUCCCACGCCGGGAAUCGAUGUGCGGAAGCCAAAGAUUGCCGAGGAGCUUCUGAAGCGGGAGCUCGAGGAGUCUUGGUUCGAGUGGCCGAGGCAGCCAACAGCAGAAAGUGCACACCACUUCUUGAAGAAGUUGCGGAUGGGAUGGAGCAGAGACACCAACGGUGAGAGCAGGCCAUCAGUCGUUGGAAUGCUGCUGGAUAUCGACGGCGCCACCCUGAAACCCUACUGCGCCUCCCCUCUGUCGAAGCCAGCGAGGCAUGUUGCUGACCCAGAGGUUUGUGUGACGAUCCUGGGUGGGCCCAAGGGCAUCUCGCCCAGGUUCAAGGCAUGUCUACAAGAUGUCUUUGGCACGCUGGCCGUCCCCUUGCUGAAGGUGCGGCUUGGCCCUGAAGAAGAGAUGGCACAUGCAUGUCUGGCCUACCUGCGGCUACAGGAUGACGCGGGCCUGCUCAAGGCUGCAGUCACUGACCUGCUCCGCCUUGGGCCCUCGCGAUAUGGAUCCCUCAUCGCCUCGUCCGAGCGUGCGCUUUACAGCCUGGCAAGGAGGAUCGCACUGCGCCGAUUUCAAGGCAAGCAGGUGGCGAAAUGCCGCAAGACGAGGAUAAAGCAUCGAAGUCGAGAAGCGACACGCAGAACAAGAGCAAACGAUGCAAGCGAGAAUGGACUCGGUGCAUACUGUUUGCAGCUUCAUAUGGGUUGUAGUUUGCACGAACAGAGCUACACGCACUGCCCUCGUUGCACGCGGAGUGCCUCACUGACAUAUUCCUUCAUGGCCGCAAAUCUUCAAUCAUGCAAGUCGGCUGGGACAACGACACGAAAGAUCAAAGUUGCCUCCCGUGCAAAAGCAGUUAUCUCCAAAUAUUCUAAAUCUUUACAGUUUGCAGAAUGUGCUGACAGUCGGAUGCAAACCCCCACACAGCACAGGGAUUACCAAGCACAUGCAGGAAGACACCUAGCUCUACAGCAAUGA